AUGCUUGUGCUUGUUGGAUUGCCAGGCUCUGGUAAAAGCACCUUUUCCAAUAAGCUCAUCCAAUGUCGACCGGAAUGGCAACGAGUGAAUCAGGAUGAUCUCCGAUCACGCAAAGCUUGUGAACAUGCUACGCGGGAAUAUCUCAGAAAGGGAUACAAUGUGGUGAUUGAUCGUUGCAACUUUGAUCCCAAGCAAAGACACACUUGGGUCGCCAUUGCCAGAGAGUUUAGGAUUCCCGUCUAUUGCCUGGUUCUCACCACCACCCCCAUGGAAUGUACUGAACGGAUUCACGUUCGUGUGGAUCAUCCUACCGGCGUGAUGGGGGAAGAAGGCGUAUUUAUUAUGCAACGGUUUUUGAAAAACUAUAUACCUCCUACCGAAGAGGAAGAUGAAGGAUUUGAGCGAAUUGCUUAUCUCGACCCAAGUGUUGACAUUGAAUGCUCGGUAGAACGAAUUGAUGCAGCUUUACAUUUACUGCAGUUGUAA